AGUUCAGAGAGUCAAAGCCGACAGGGGUGGUGGAACAUUCUCUCUCUACCACUAUUUUAAGCUCCACUGCCCGAUAAGAUGUCUGGAGAGCAGCGGGGGCUCGUCUACCUAAUCACCGGGGGCUGCGGCUUCCUGGGCAAACAUAUACUGCGUGUUUUACUGGAGAAAGAGCGGGAGGUCGUGUCUGAGAUUCGGGUCUUCGAUAAACACUCGGACCCCAGCCUGGAGGAGGAGAGCACAGAGCACACGAAGGUGGUGGUGAUCCAGGGAGACAUCACAGACUACACCCAGGUCCUGGAGGUCUCUCGUGGGGUCGAUGUGUUCAUCCAUUCGGCCAGUGCAGUGGACGUAUGGCACAAGAUCCCAGAGUCUGUUAUGUACAACGUCAACGUGAAAGGGACUGACCUUGUGAUCCAGGCUUGUGUUGAAAAUGGCAUCACCAGCCUCAUCUACACCAGCAGCAUGGGCGUGAUUGGCCCCAAUCAAGAUGGCGAUCCAUUCAUCAGGGGGAGUGAAGACACGCCCUACCGCACCAAACUUACUAUGCCUUAUGACAAGACCAAAGCUGAGGCCGAGCAAAUGGUGCUGAAAGCCAAUGGGACCAAGGUGAAUGGUGGUAAGAUGUUGUACACCUGCUCCCUCAGACCCACAGGGAUCUAUGGAGAGGGCCAUGAACUGCUCAAGGAGUUCUGGGAGCGCUGUGUCAACUUGGGUGGGGUCCAUGUGGGAGCCGUCCCAAGUAACACGGAGCACGGACGGGUCUAUGCAGGUAACGUAGCCUGGAUGCACGUAUUAGCCGCCCGCACUCUUCGAGACAAGCCCCAAAGCGUGGCAGGAGAGGUCUACUACUGCUACGAUGACUCGCCAUACUCAAGCUACGAAAAUUUCAACUUGCAAUUUUUCACCUCCUCCAACUUCAGACAUAUCCAGCUUCCGUUCGUCGUCGUGUGGUUCAUAGCAAUAAUGAACGACAUCCUCCGUUGGAUUUUGAGUCCGUUUUAUAACUACACGCCGUUGUUGAAUCUGUAUACUUUUAGAACAGCCGUUACUUCCUUUACAGUGAGUACAGAUAAAGCAUACAGGCAUUUUCAAUACAAACCUCUGUACAGCUGGGAGGAGUGCAAAAAAAGGACGCAGGAAUAUGUAGAUAUGUUUGCGCAAAAACACUACAAAGGAGCUUAGCACAAUUCUACUUCGAGCAAAAUAGUUCAUAAAAUUAAUGGAAUGAAACCAGAUAAGAAACUCUGGAAAUUUAGACUGCAGUGACAAUCAGGAUCUGUGAAAAUGUCUUGAUACUGAUGAUUAUAAUAAUCCAUUACUUUAAAAUAACACUCAAACACUCAGUCGCUUUAAAAAUUAGUGCAGUAUUCAUUCAGCCUGCACUCUGUUAUAAGCUAAUACUGUAGCCACAGCUGCCCUGGGGUAGACUGGUGGAAGCGAGGCUGCCAAUCAUGCACACACCACAUUCAUUCAAGGCAAUGUGGGUGUCUUGCCUAAGGACACAACAGCACAAUAUAUGUGCCUUUUUAAAAUUAUUACAAAAUUUACCUUUAAAAAAAAUUAAAAAAUAAUUGCAUAACACUGUUCAAUCAUCAAAAACGUACCUAUGUUUUUAACUUAAUGCUACAUUCCCUUUUUGCAGUGUACUAGUGUAACGGCACAUUCCAAAACUGUAAAACCACUACAGCCUUUUGAAGGUCAGAGGCUCAUGGCGCCAUCUAGUGGAGAAUAUUCAUAAUACAUAGCAGUGUUUUUCAAUUCCGUUCCUCUUAAUGAAAUGUGAGUAUUCUAAAAAAUAGUCUAUUUAUAGGAUUUGAAGGUGCAUUAUUUAAGGUUUCUGGUUGGUGGUUUGCCACUUACUUGUUUCCAUUGAGAUGUUAUUGCUUUGCCUGGAAAGUUCCAAAAUAUAGCAUUAAACAUAUUUAUUUAAUUGUUCUUGCAUAAAAAAAACUAGAAAAAAACAUGCAUUCUUACCGCGAGUGGGCUCGCUUCUCAACAGAGCUGACCUGUAACUUGGCCUGGUGGCGCACCUGCUUGUCUCCGUGGAGACAGAUGUUUAAUGCCAUACUGUGAGACAGGGUCUCCAACCUGUAGCUCAGGAGGGAUUUCUGAAUUAUAUGCAUUGUGCUGAAGAACUAACAUUUAUUAUGGUAAUUAAUCAAAUGUAUCAUUUUGAUGCCUAACUUUGUGCACUAAUAAAUGGAUAAUAGUUUAUAUUUCGUAAGCAUCUGCCAUGGCUCUUAUAUUUACUCAUUUUCUUGUGACCGUUAAAAUGAGGUGCUCUGCCUCGUUUUGUAAAGGGAGCGCACAGAAGGAUAAAGGUUGGAGACUCCUGCUGUAGAACGUUCCAAGCAAAGCAAAAGAAUAUUUUGAAUUAAGACAAUGAAAAGAGUGAUUUUCAUGAAAAAUUUG